AGUAACCUGCGAUUGCAAGAGCCGCCUCAGUCCGUGUUACAAUUAGUCCGAGCCGUUUGUCGUUAAUCGUAAUAUCCGAGCGAGUGAGAGAGAGAGAGAGAGAGAAAAAAAAAAGAGGACCACUUAUGAUGACUGUCGUCGCUUUUCCUUCUGUUCUUCCAAAAUCGAAAUGAACAGUGAGACGCGGAGGGCGGUAUCCUCUUCCUUUCUGCAUCUAAUUAUCAGGAUUUAUUGAAAUUAGCCGCGUCUCGUUCUCCCCACUCCUUUAUUCGUAUUCGUCGGUCUGCGCGAGAUGGAUAGUGCACUUGUUUUGGCGUUAAUCGCCUUCUUAACCGCGUACAUCGGAAACGUCGCGGCGUCGUGCCGCGAAGUGCCGAAUGAUGAUAUGCUCGAGUAUCUUUGCGAGGGUGGCCACCCUAGUGACCUCGCCGCCAUGCCUGAGACCACGGAAAAGUUGCGGAUCAGUAGGAUGCCGUUGCGCCGAAUAACCGCCGACACGUUCUCCAAGUUCGGCCACAACCUCUGGGUGCUGAGUUGCUCAUACUGCGAAAUCAGCGACAUUGAGGCGAACGCAUUCCGGCGCCUGGUUAAUCUUCAGCAGCUGAGUUUGAAUAAUAAUCACCUGACGGCCGUGAAAGCUUCCUGGUUCGAGGGUCUAGACUCUUUGACCUACUUGGACGUCAAUUAUAAUGACAUACACGACAUUGAGGAUGGCGUCUAUCAGAACCUGCCCGCUCUCGUGGACUUUAGGAUCUCCGGGAAUCGACUGCGAUGCCUGAACCUUGACGGGAUGACGCGCUUGCGACAGUUGAAGCGUAUGUUCCUCAGCGAGAAUCCCGAAUUCGCUUGUCCGUACGCCAUCAGUGAAUUCUUAGAGAAGCAACGUGUUACUUUCGAACGCGAUCCUGAAUGGAGAAGACUUGCUCACGACAGGGUCGAAAUUCACGUGCCGCCUAGUCACACGGAGGAAGAAGAAGAGCAGGAUAGCCAGCAAAUCAGUGUACCUACGCAUCGGGAGAGACCGCAGCCGGACUGGCGACUUCCUCAGCAACCAGGAGCACCGUUCGUGCCUCCGUCAGCGGGAAACAGGACGUUCCAUCCUGCUCAGCAUUAUGGACGCCGUAGGAAACCGACGACUACCACUACCACCAGCACUACCAUGCGCCCCUUCAUGCAGUCGCACAUACCGCGAGUGGAGCCGAUACCUCCGCCCGGAGGCGCGAGGACUUCCUACCAGGUACCGGAACAGUCGCGCCCGGCGGUAUUUUACCCUUACCCAAGGAUGGACACACCAUGGGCGCCGUUGUUAGAGUCGAAGCCGCCUCUGGAAGACACCAAGAUAACAACGGGAGCCGACAGACCACCGCCGGCGGAAGAUGUCUCGACAUAUCCUUCGUACGUUCCAGGCACGUUCUCGCACGAGAUCACGUCGCUUCAUCCGUCGUACGUGACAUCCGAGAGACCACGAGCACCGUCGAUGGACUCGGGACCAUCCUCGGAAGACGUCCAGUUAACGGCGACUACCGGCAAAUCACCGGCAGCGGAGCACACUUUGACAUACCCGGUAUAUGUCCCGACGUAUGACACGUCUUCUAACCCGCCAUCUUACACAACAUCGGAGAGGUCGCGAGUACUGCUGGUGGAGCCGAGGCUAACCUCGGAGGACACCACCGGGUCAACAGUAAGACCCGAUAGACCAUUGUUGACGGAGCACACCUUGACGUAUCCGCCGUACGCACCGACAAACGAACUGGUCACCUAUCCGUAUCCGCCUGUGACAACGCAAAGAACAGAGCUGCCAAUCGCGGCGUCAGCAACAUCUCCGGAGAACGAGAUGACGUGGUCCGAUGAAUCGUCACAUAUCGUGGAGGACACAGUGUCGUACCCGCUAUAUACCGCAACGUCCAACGGUCAGGAGAUGACACCUCAUGGGUCCAUGCAACUAACAAGGUCCUGGUCGACUAAUGGUCCUGACGCCACUUCCCGGACCUGGUCGACCGACGACUCGAUGGAGUAUCGUCCGGACGACUCACGGGAAGACGGAGAACGUCAUAGAGAGUGGUCGUCAUUGUUGCCGACGGAUCGCCAAGAAACGCCAUAUCAUGUGUCGCCGACCCAACGCGCUUAUACGUCUGACCGUAGAGUGAUCGUCGACGAUCGCUGGUCGUCGAGCACCGACGACUUCUUCAUCGCCACGGACCUGCCGGUCGAGCACGACGAAGUGGAACAUUCGAGUACGACCAUGACGACGUCGUCCGACGUCGCCCAGGACGUCGUCAACAAGACAGAUAUGCAUUACGUUAUGCCGAUGCCGGCCUCGCAGCAGCCGGAGCUGAUGCACCCAGUCUCGACGGGCGAGUUCUACCAAGCGCCGUACUACGAGUCGACGGUCACCAUGCACCCGCCGUCGCUGAAUUAUCAGGAACACGACGAUGACGAGGAACCGACCACUGUCAUGGAGAUGACCACGGAUAAGCCGUUGCCGGAUUGCCCGCCGAAGAGUUCGUCACCACGAGUUCGACCGGCCUCCGUGCUAGUGAUGUCCAUCGUCGUCGUCAUCUUCGGACACGUCAUCGUCACGGAAUUUUAGUCCCGAUCCCAGAUCGCGGCUCCUUCGUUCUCGCGUCCGGAUCGGUAAAACACGUGCCGCGCGGGGAUCAGUGUACGCCGGGUGUAAUUUUAACAAUUAGCAAGCCGCGCGAGAGAGGAAGGAUCGAGUUCGUUUCGCCGAUCCGACGACGACGUCACGCGUCGCGUCGCGUCGCGUCGUGCUGUGCAUCCUUGGACCUGAGCGCGCAUUUAAUAUUUAACGUUAUAAUUCUCUCUCCCGUGUAGCAAUCCAGAUAUCUCCUUAACGACGCUUCGUAGGAUUAUUACGAUUAACCACACGCGACUAUUUAACGACGACGGUCGAUGCGGAGUGGCGCUUCUUCUGCUUGUUCCUCGGGAACGACGGGGUCAGCUGAGUCCAGUGUUGGGCCAGGGAGGCGGCGGAAGCCGAGCGCCUGGAGAAGAUGUUGAAGAUCGAGAACGAGGAGAACGCAGCUGCGAAUGAUCUUGCGCUAGUGAUCCAGAAUCGCAACAGAGCUCGUGCUAGUCAAUCGGACAGUUUCUUCGACUCCUUGAUCGACAAAUACGCCAAAAAGGCUGGGA